GUACACAAUUAUAGAAAGCAAUUUCACGCGCCUUUAGCUCUUGUUAAUGCGAAACAAACUGAACUUUUCGACUGCCGCUGCGAUAUGGACGAGUACAACGUAUCGGGGGGUUGGAGGCAACGUAAGUUGUUGUUUUCGAGGACGCACCUUCCAACUGCCGACUACCAACAAGCAACUGGCAAGUCGAAACGACGGCUGACAGUUGCCAAACAAGUGGUUGCAUUCCGUAACUAAGAAGCAUUCAGCGGAAGUAGUAUGUAGGUAUAUUACUUUCAAAUAGUGACCCGGCAGCAAUAGAAAUGCAAAUCAAAGCAGGCAGCAAAGUUUGAUCGAUAGAAUUGAAUCGGCUGUAGAAGGGAUUUUUGACAACAUAGGAACAACAGCAGCAGCAAAACCACAUAAAGAGGCAAAGAGUUCAGACCUUUGGAGGAACACAAACUAAACAAGCAUGGAGGAGCUGCAGGAUGCUAGCAUUCAUCAUAUGACUGCUAAAGUUAUAGCAGCGAUAAAGAACACAAAGUGUUACGAGCCCAUUUAUGAGGAACUGCAGCGUCUGGUGGCCAGUCCCAGUGUCGACAAGAACGACAUGCGCAACACUCUGGAAGAUGCCAUUAAGGCCGCUGGACUGGAGACUGAAAUUCGCAAUAUGAUUUACAAUCUGGUUCGAAGUCGCCUGGAAAAGCUAGAUGUUAGCGAUACCAGACAGACAUCUACUUCUAAAGCGACACAAAGUGAUCCCUUGGGCUAUCUAAAGCGUGCUGGAGUUCUCUGGGAUCGGCGUGUCCGCAAGAGCCUCAAUGCUAUGUGUGGCGAGUUGAAAGUUCCACUACACGGACAACCACGUAUUAGUGCUGAUCGAGAAGACUUUGUAGCAAAAUGGAAUGAACUGAGCAACUAUAACAUGGAUCUUUCAAAUUAUCGCCCCGUAUAUGCUCCGAAAGACCUUCUGGAGGUUCUACUAUCACUGAAAGGACCGGCUAGAACCACCGAAAGUACUGAUCAAAUACCACAAUGGGAAUUUUCACAUAUAGCACUACCCGUUAAGAAUCUCUUCGAAUUGCGAACACAUUACGCAGAUUUGUUACGCAGUGAUCACUACACUGUGCCGGAUCAGUGUCAACGUAUUCUGGAUAGCAGGCAUGCCCCAAUGUGUCAGCAGUACUUGAAGAAGGGCUGUACGCCAGCUCCUUAUCGCGGUGCACUUUGGGCUUCUGUGCUAGAUAGCAAGCUGCACGACUAUGACAUUGAGUAUUGGCAGAAGUUACGGAACGUCGUUUGGACCACCGAUCAUAUUGUGGAUAAGCUUGUUUUCAAGGAUAUCCAGUUGACGGCUUCUAACGAUGAUCAGUAUUUUGUGUUUGAAGAUGUACUCUACCAAGUGCUACUGUGCUUCUCUCGCGACACGGAUAUAGCCAACUGUGUGGAGUACGAACAAUUUCCAGUGAAGGGCAAGACAUAUGAGGGACCCCCAUCGGGGGUUGUGCCCUUCCACGGCAUUUGCAUGUUCGCCGCCCCAUUUUGCUAUUUGUACGAUUCUCCCGUGUGCCUAUAUUAUACAUUCCGGGCAUUUUACAUACGCUAUUGCCAUAGAUUGACUACAAUCAAUACGCAUCCACAGGGUAUCGUUAGCCUGUGCCUGCUCUUCGAAAAGCUGCUUCAGACUUAUGAGCCACAAUUGUGGUCGCAUUUCCGUGAGUUGCAAAUACAGCCCUUACGUGUAGUAUUCAAAUGGUUAAUGCGAGGUUUCUCCGGCCAUUUGCCACCAGAUCAGUUAUUGGUGCUGUGGGACUUGAUACUCGGCUUUGAUAGCUUGGAAAUCUUGCCACUAUUUGCCAUCAUAAUUUUAAGUUUUCGUAAAGAGAGCAUAAUGCAAGUGGCCUCACUAGAUAGUAUCGAGGCCAUCUUGGCCGACUUAUCGUCUAUUAAAGUCCUGCCCUUGGUGCAAUUGGCUUUAAGUCGCGACUAAAUAGGUGGCUCAUACCGAGGGAAAAAAUGUUGUAUUAACGCUCUAAAUUUAAAGUAUUACAUAGAUCUGUGGAGAACA